AUGACUACGGUUUUAGUCCACCAAAGCAAGACUCGGAAGAAGGCGUGUACGGCUUGUGUCAAAGCAAAACGGAGGUGCGAUUUGUUGUUACCAGUGAAUGAGGUAUCGCGGAAGAAAUCAACAAGGUCUUCACAACGCGCUAAAUCAACCACGGUUUCUGUGGAGAGCAUUACGACAGCACAAAUCUUCACUGAUUCGUAUGAGGCAUGUCUUGAUUCGUUGCCCUACGACAACAUACCGCUCUUGGAUUACCAAGAUCAACAAUCUAACCGGGAUCUUACAUCGUGGAAUUCCACCAGCAACACCGCCCUUUCUUUUCCACCUGACAUAUCAUUUCAAAUCACCAACCCACUUACAUCACUUGAUCCUCAGACCCUGUCUCUCUCUAUCGAUCAAUUACCAUCACCUUACUCAUCUAUUCAAUUUCCUCCUCGCAACACUCUUUGCCCCGCUCAAAUCACCUAUAUCUCAACCCAACUGAAAUCAUUCGUUUCAUCCUUCGCACUCCACUCUCACAACUCUUUUAUCCAUCCGCUUUCAUCUCAUAAUCUUGGUAAACCCCUGCCCGCUCCAUAUACCGAUGCACUCUCUAUCUGUGCACUUCAUACCCUCGGCUCUCCUCAUGCCUUCUCGAUUCUCGACUCUAAAAUCUCUGACCUUAUUUCCUCAAGCGAAAAAGAUUAUUGGGGCUCAUCCGAAUGGCUUAUUGCAGUUCAAGUCUUAAAUCUUUAUCAAAUAAUUCGUCUUUGGUCUUCAAAUGAAAGACAAAAGAAAAACGCCGAAAGACACAUACCGUUGCUGAUGCAAUGGACAAAUCAACUACAAAUUGAAUAUGUAGGAUUAUUAGCACAAGGUAAUGAUAUGCGGCUUCCUACAGAUAAUUCCCAUAGUAUGGAUAGUAAGCUACAAGACUAUGCAGAAAGAUGGGUACUUCUGGAAAGUAUACGCCGAGCCGUCAUGAUUAGUAUGGUUAUACAAUGCUUAUAUGGCGGGAUGAAGGAUGGGUAUAUAGGGGGAUUGUUGCAUGUAUUAUUUUACCUACCGGUCAGUGUUGAUGCAGGUAAAACAUGGGAAACUUUGGGUAGGAAGGUUCUCAAUGAACAACGGACAUGGGAACAUCCAUCUGACGAUUCCACAAACGUCAAGUUUGGAGAAAUUUAUGCAUAUAGAUAUUGGAGCGAGAGCUGGACGAUUGGGAUUGUGGGAGGAGGAGAAAUGGAACAGGAGGUUUAUGAAAGGAUGUUGUUGGUAGCCUGUCACAAGACUAGAGCGAUUGAAAGGUGGGGAGGAGAUAUAGAGUCGGAAUAUGAAGAGGUAGAAUUGUCGGUUGUUGGGAGCUUGGAGAUGGAUGUAUAG